AUGCCCGAACGAAACGCAACAGGGGGGGCUGGAGCCCGAAGGAGGAGAUCUAGCAGUAUCCUCCAAGUUUACCAUGAGCCUCCCGAGACUCUUGAACAGAUCAGCGACCAAGCUUCCCUGCCUAACCUUAACGCCAACUGGACAAAUGCUAAAGGUGCCUGGACCAUUCAUUUCGUCCUGAUCGUAUGCGCCAAAAUCAUAUUUGACGCCAUCCCGGGUGUUUCGCAGGAGACUUCAUGGACGCUUGUCAAUAUGUCAUACAUGUUUUUCUCUUACAUCAUGUUCCACCAUGUUCGUGGCGUUCCCUUCGAUUUCAACAGUGGCGCUUUUGACAACCUUAACAUGUGGGAGCAAAUUGACAAUGGCGCGCAGUACACGCCCACCAAGAAGUUUCUUCUUGGUGUUCCGAUUGCACUGUUUCUCGUCAGCACUCAUUAUACGCAUUACGACUUGACAUACUUUACUAUUAACUUAUUGGCUGUCCUGGGAGUCGUCAUCCCCAAGCUACCCUUCAGCCACCGAAUGCGAUUUGGGCUGUUCUCAGGUCUACCAGAGGAAUAG